AUGAAAGAUUUGGGGCCAUUGAAGUAUUUCUUGGGGAUAGAAGUUCUCAAAUCGAGGAAGGGAAUUUUUUUUAAUCAGAAGAAAUAUGUGUUGGAUCUGCUAGCCGAAGUUGGGAUGAUAGAUUGCAAGCCAGCCGACACUCCAAUGAUCCAAAAUCAUGGACUGCAGAUGAAUGAAGGGGCAAAGCAGACCGACAGAUGGAAGUACCAACGAUUGGUUGGGAGGUUGAUUUAUCUAUCACAUACAAGACCAGACAUUGCCUAUGCUGUGGGGGUGAUACAAGGAUUUACUGAUGCUGAUUGGGCCGGAAACCCAAAUGAUAGGAAGUCUACCGAGGGUUACUUUACUUUUGUAGGAGGAAACCUUGUAACAUGGAGAAGCAAGAAACAAAAGGUAGUUGCACUGUCCAGUGCAGAAGCCGAGUUUCGAGGAAUUAAGAGUGGACUAACUGAACUCCUGUGGCUACGGAAGCUUACGAGGGAAUUGGAGAUGUUUUCGUCUCAAACAUGCAAGUUGUUAUGUGAUAAUAAGGCAGCCAUAAGUAUUUCAGAGAACCCGGUUUAA